AUGGUCAGGUAUCUGCCGGAAAGGUGCAUGAGACAGCUUGAACGUGUGCAAAUGAUACCUAGGUCUCUAUUUGAGGCUGCGAUUGACACCAUUACGCGCCGAGCUUUCACUAAUACCUUUCAAAAUUGGGAGCAUCAUUUGGUGCCAGAGGAGUAUCGGGAGAUGCGUGCAUUCCAGAGCUGGCACUACGUAGAUGGAUAUGUGACAUGGUUUUUUAAAGUCUCACAUCCUAUCAUGACACCAGAUGCUCCUUGGCGUCCACCUAGGCCAGCGUAUGAGAAGCUCAUGGAGAAUCAGCAGGGCGAGGAUGACCAUGCCAUUGAUAUGUUAGCGGAUACAGUUGAUUGGGCAGGAGGCAUUGGAUAUAGGGAUCAUGCAAUAAGGCGGUGUAGAGGUGGUUGCCAUAAUGGGGAGGAUUGUCAAGGAGGCGUCCAAUGUGACAGGCUAUAG